ACGUCAAUGUCAAAAGACAAAAACGUCAAUAUACGGACUAGGUAGCCGGCCGUAAAUUAUUUUUGUCCAAUUAUUAUAAAUGAACUACUGUUAUCUACUACAGUAAAUAAAACAUAAUAUUUAAUUUCAACAAAGUUUCUGCACGUCAAUUGAAGCGACGUGUUUAACUGUUAUCUCAGCAAUAAAUAACUGUGAUAUAACGUGAUCAAUUCCAUUGCGUCAACCGCUUGCCGUUGUAGAGCAUACAUUACAGCGGAUACGGAUUGUUCCAUUAAUAUGGAUUUAUUGCGUACAAGUAUAUCAAAAAAUUACAAAUUAUACAUCACCCAAUGUAGGCGCAUGCAUUUGUUGAAACAAGCUUACAUCAAUGGACAAUGGGUGCAAUCGCAGAGUAAAGUACUGUUUCCGGUGACCAACCCGGCUAACGAUAGUGUAAUAACAGAAAUCCCGGAUAUGGACGCUCACGAUACUAAGCAUGCAGUACAGGUCGCUGCUAAUACUUUUCAGACAUGGAGAGACACAACAGCCAAAGAACGAUCUCGCAUUUUAAGAAAAUGGUUCGAUUUGUGUGAGAAGAAUUCUGAAGACUUGGCCCAAGUAAUAACAGCCGAGUCUGGAAAGCCUUUAUCUGAGUCCAGGGGUGACGUGGCUUAUGGCAAUUUUUCCUUGAGGUGGUUUGCUGAUACAGCCAGACACAUCAAUGGAGAAAUUAUCCCGAGUCCUUGGCCUAACAAACAAAUAUUAUUGACGAGGCAGCCUCUUGGAGUUGUGUCUGUUAUUACUCCAUGGAACUUCCCUUUCGCUAUGAUUACGAGGAAAGUUGGUGCCCUCAUGGCUGCAGGAUGCACUUGUGUUAUUAAACCAUCUGAAGAUACCCCACUGUCUGCUCUAGCUGCAGCUGAAUUGGCUCAUCAGGCUGGAGUGCCCAAAGGUGUGAUUAACGUGGUUACUGCCAGUAGGAAGAAUGCCCCAGCUGUUGGCCAAGUUAUGUGUGAAGACCACAGCGUUGGUUGUAUAUCAUUCACUGGCUCAACACAUGUUGGUAAAAUAUUGCACGGACUUUGCAGCAAGGGUGUUAAGAGAGUUGCAUUAGAAUUAGGUGGCAAUGCACCAUUUAUUGUUUUUGCGAGUGCUGACAUUGAACAUGCUGUAGAUCAAGCCAUGUUGGCAAAAUUCAGAAACAACGGUCAGGCCUGCAUUGGAGCCAAUAGGUUCCUUAUACAUGAGGAUGUGUAUGAUAAAUUUGUAAAAGAAUUUAAGGCAAGAAUUGGCAGUAAAUGUAUUCUAGACCUGGGCAACAAAGGAGGGAGUGACUUGUGGCCCUCUUUAUGUCAACUCUGGAACAAAGCCAAGAAGGUUUCUGGUCUUGUGGAUGAUGCUGUAUCUAAAGGUGCAAAAGUUCUUGCAGGUGGCAAGUUUGCCACUGAACUUGGCAACAAAUUUUAUGAGUCUACUCUCCUUAUAAAUGUGAAACCCGAUAUGAACAUAUUCACAGAGGAGAUAUUUGGGCCUGUUGCAACUUGUCUAAAAUUUAAAAAUGAAGCUGAGGCUUUGAAGAUUGCCAAUAGCACCAGAAGUGGCCUAGCUUCUUAUGUUCUUACCAAAGACUUGGGCCAGGCUUUUAGGAUGUCACAAAAACUCGAGUUUGGAAUGGUGGCAAUAAAUGAUGGAAUAUUAUCAGCUGCAGAGCCUGCAUUUGGUGGUAUUAAGGAGUCUGGUAUAGGAGAGGGCAGUUUACAUGGGGUUGAAGAAUAUACUGACAUAAAAUACACUUUGAUGUCUGGUUUAGAUAAAUAAGAAGCUGUAUUGUCUAUGAGGCUAUGGUUUCUUUUAUGAGGCAUCUUUUAAUUGUUACCAAAUGUUAUCUAUAACAAUAAGUCUAAAUAUGUUUUGUUUUAUAUGUUAUUUAAUAAAUAAGUUGCAUUUUAUAUGUUACCUUCAAAUAUUAUAACUUUUUCAAUUUAGGAUAAUUAUUGCAAAACAAACAUAGUAGGAAUAUACAUUGAUUGUGGCUAUUUUAUAUUUAUCUUUGUAAUAUAUUAGAAUAACUGUAUCUUGUCAAAUCAUUCCAGUCUUCCAGUGAAUUGUGAUUAUAGAGUUAAAUAUUACUUAGAACAUUUGUAAAAUAGGUAUUACAAUUACGAUAAUGUGUAAUAAUCAACUUAUCUUGCCAUAAUAGAUGGUUUGUGCAAUAAUUUAUAUUUAUCACAACUAAAUUGUGAAUUUGUGUUACAAAAGCUUGUAAUUGUUAUAUCCACAUGAAGAGGCAAUACUGAAACCCUAAGACAGA